AUGGAACACCCAGUAGAUUCAGCACGAGAUGGAGCAGAUUCAGAACCAGAUGGAACACCUGUAGAUUCAGAUGGAACACCAGUAGAUUCAGCACCAGAUGGAGCAGAUUCAGAACCAGAUGGAACUGGUGAAGUUUCGGAACCAGAUGGAGCAGAUUCAGAACCAGAUGGAACUGGAGCAGAUUCAGAACCGGAUGGAGCACCAGUGGAUUCAGAUGGAACACCAGUAGAUUCAGCACCAGAUGGAGCAGAUUCAGAACCAGAUGGAACUGGAGCAGAUUCAGAACCGGAUGGAGCACCAGUGGAUUCAGAUGGAACACCAGUAGAUUCAGCACCAGAUGGAGCAGAUUCAGAACCAGAUGGAACUGGAGCAGAUUCAGAACCGGAUGGAGCACCAGUGGAUUCAGAUGGAACACCAGUAGAUUCAGCACCAGAUGGAGCAGAUUCAGAACCAGAUGGGACACCGGUAGAUUCAGAUGGAACACCAGUAGAUUCAGCACCAGAUGGAGCAGUUUCGGAACCAGAUGGGACACCAGUAGAUUCAGAGCUAGAUGGAGCACCGGUAGAUUCUACACUUGUUUCAGUUGAUGGAAUUGGACAGUAG